UGUUUCUUCAACCACAUAACGCACACAGUACGACUUUACAACGUUGAGGGUUUUGAAGGCCAGUCUCCAGAAAUAACAAACAUUUUGGACAUUCGAGGAGAAUCAAAUCGUGAAAUUGCGAUGAGAAUAUCCUCAGACAUAAACAGCCAAAAUAGGUUUUACUCUGAUCUAAAUGGAUACCAGAUCCAGCCACGCCAAACUUUGAACAAAUUACCUCUUCAGGCUAAUGUUUAUCCAAUGAGCACAAUGGCUUAUAUUCAGGACAUUUUCAAUCGAUUAACGCUGCAUGCUGCACAGCCUCUUGGCAUUGCCAGUUUGAGAAAUGGUCAGUUGGAAGUGUUCAUGGACCGUCGACUGAUGCAGGAUGAUAAUCGUGGUCUUGGGCAAGGUCUUCAAGAUAACAAAAUCACAUUUAAUUUAUUCAGGCUUCUUUUAGAGCAAAGGACUGGAAUACAUGAGGGUGAAGACAAAAGAGCUGUCAGUUACCCAUCCCUUUUGAGUCAUAUAACAUCAACCACCUUAAACCAACCGGUAAUCUCAAUGGCUGCAAUGAUGGACACUGAUGCUCCCCCCACUACUAGAUGCCUUCUCUCCUCUCAUGUCUUCAAUGCCUUGUGAUGUUCACUUAGUUAAUUUGCGAACUAUUCAAGCAAAGGUGGGGCCAUCAGAAGAGGCAGCACUGAUUUUGCAUAGGAAAGGAUUUGACUGCAUGUUUGCAAAUAAAGAACUUGGGCUUUUCUGCUCUACAUCUCAGGGAAAGAUUUCGGUUUAUGAACUUUUCAGUGCAUUUAAAGUUGAGAGUCUCAGAUCAUCAACUUUAUCUUUAAUGCAUACAUCUACAGAUGCUCAAAACAUAAGCACGAUCACCAUGAGCCCCAUGGACAUUAGCACAUUUCGAGUAAAACUGAGAUGA